GGGACGGAUCAGCAGAUUCAGUUUAUAUACGCUCGGGACGUCGUGUCCCACUAUUCCUACCCUCCUACCGCCCUCGUGCAUCCAAGCAAGCUGUCAUGGUUUUGCUCGGGUAUCCGAGCAUUCGCGCUCAGCUCGACGCACCCAAGGACCCAUGACUUUGUCUCGACUCGAUCGCCUGCUGCUUGCCAGGAUCGCCGACCAAGCGGAACGAUACCACGACGUUAUUGCCCAGAUCAAGGACAUAGUGAACAUGUCCGACGCUCAGCUCAACGUGGACGAGCGGAAUUUGCUUUCCGUCGCCUACAAGAACAUCACCGCCACACUCCGCGCCAGCUGGCGUACCAUCGACACGCUCGAGACGCAGGGUCGGCAUACCUCCAAGGAGCGCAAGCUGAUGCACCGGCAGAAAGAGCGUAUCGAGCACGACAUAGCCGACAUCUGUAAGGACGUCGUCGAGCUGCUGGAGCGCUUCCUCAUACCCGCUGCGAACCCGGGUGAAGAGAAGGUGUUCUAUUGCAAGAUGCGAGGCGACUACUACCGAUACCUUGCGGAGAUGACCCACAACCACCAUCGCGAGCAGUACGCGUCGACAUCCCUCGACGCGUACAAGUUUGCGUACAAGCACGCGCUACAUACCUUGGACCCAGCACACCCUACUCGACUUGGUCUGGCACUCAACUUCGCCGUCUACUACCACGACAUAUGCAACAGUGCCGAGCGGGCCUGCUUUUUGGCCAAGCAUGCCUUCGACGAGGCGAUCGCGGUGGCCUCCGACCCAUCUUUCCCAUCGUCCAAUCUCGAGGAUGCUCUCAUGAUUCUACAACUCUUGAAGGAUGACCUUAUUCUGUGGUCGGGCGAACUGAGGGCAGAGGGGAAACCAAUUCAAUGA